ACACAGAAGAGUAAAAUUUAGGUCCAAUUUUGAGUUGAAUGGCUGAGGAGGAAGUCGGAAGUACACUCCAAGUGGAGCAUCACUGGGAACUGCGGGAUUACAGCAGUCAUGCUCUUAAAACGAUGCACCUCUCACUAAGGGGGCAGCUCAAGACAGCGCGAGCUCUGGGAACGGAACGAUCUAGCUCUGCACCCCACCUCCACCCCCACCGACUCACACACACUCCAUCCCGAUCCCAAGACGCUGUCAGGCCUGUGCUCUCCUGACCCAGCUUCCGUUUCCGGUCCUCGUUUCGGCUUCGGCGGAAACUUCGCUCCUGGGUCGAAAAGGGCGGCCCCGCAGAAGCCGCGCAGGCGCACGGCAUCCGCUGCAAUGGCGGUGCCGGCCUCCUUGAAUAGGUAUCUGCUGCUCAUGGCACAGGAGCACCUGGAGUUCCGCCUGCCGGAAAUAAAGUCUUUACUAUCACUGUUUGGAGGCCAGUUCAUUAACAGUCAGGAAACUUAUGGAAAGUCUCCAUUUUGGAUUCUUAGCAUUCCCUCCGAAGAUAUUGCCAGAAACUUAAUGAAACGGACGGUGUGUGCCAAGUCUAUAUUUGAACUAUGGGGUCAUGGAAAAUCUCCUGAGGAGCUGUAUACUUCUCUUAAAAAUUACCCUGUGGAGAAGAUGGUUCCAUUUCUACAUUCAGAGUCUACAUAUAAAAUAAAGAUUCAUACAUUUAAUAAAACAUUGACUCAAGAAGAAAAAGUCAAACGAAUAGAUGCCCUUGAAUUUCUGCCAUUUGAAGGAAAAGUGAACUUAAAGAAACCACAACAUGUAUUCUCUGUUUUGGAGGACUAUGGUUUGGACCCAAACCGCAUCCCUGAGAAUCCACAUAAUAUUUAUUUUGGUAGAUGGAUUGCAGAUGGGCAAAGAGAGCUGAUUGAGUCAUACAGUGUCAAAAAGAGACAUUUUAUUGGAAAUACAAGUAUGGAUGCUGGCUUAUCAUUCAUCAUGGCCAACCAUGCAAAAGUGAAAGAAAACGAUGUUGUCUUUGAUCCAUUUGUUGGAACAGGUGGGCUCCUGAUUGCGUCUGCUCACUUUGGUGCAUAUGUGUGUGGGACGGACAUUGACUACAACACGGUUCAUGGCUUGGGAAAAGCUAGUAGAAAAAACCAGAAAUGGCGAGGACCAGAUGAAAACAUCAGGGCAAAUCUUCGUCAGUAUGGCUUAGAGAAGUUUUAUCUUGAUGUCUUGGUUUCAGAUGCCUCUAAGCCUUCCUGGAGGAAAGGAACGUAUUUUGAUGCAAUCAUCACAGAUCCUCCAUAUGGUAUCAGAGAAUCUACAAGAAGGUCAGGUUCACAGAAGGAAAUACCAAAGGGAAUAGAAAAGUGUCCAGAAAGCCACGUUCCUGUCUCCUUGAGUUAUCAUCUGAGUGAUAUGUUUUUUGACCUGUUAAACUUUGCAGCUGAGACCCUCGUACUGGGUGGAAGACUAGUCUAUUGGUUACCAGUAUACACACCGGAGUACACUGAAGAGAUGGUGCCUUGGCACCCUUGCCUGAAACUUAUUAGCAAUUGUGAGCAGAAGCUUUCCAGUCACACAGCAAGGCGCUUGAUCACAAUGGAAAAGGUGAAGGAAUUUGAGGACCGGGACCAGUAUUCACACUUGCUGAGUGACCAUUUUCUGCCAUACCAAGGUCAUAAUUCCUUUCGUGAGAAAUAUUUUAGUGGUGUGACAAAAAGAAUUGCCAAGGAAGAAAAAUCCAGCCAAGAGUGAAAAUCAUGACGUUGACAAUCAAGAAAGAAUAAGCGUUUUAUAGAAACGACUUGUGCUGUUUAAAUUUUUUUAUAUAAAUAACUGCUAUAAAUCAAAAUU